AUGGCGCCCCGAACCUCCCGACUCUUCGCGUCCGCGGCUCCCGCACUCGCCGACGUCUCGACACACGAGCCCGCCGAUGACACCAUGAGCCUUGAUGUUCCCGAGCAGCUUCUCACCCCCGAGAACAGCCGUUCGGAGACUUCGAGCAACAAUGAAAACGCGUUGGCCGAGGAGAAACCCGCGGCGCGGCGGAGGUCAACACGGAUGGCACGCGCAUCGCUGGCAGCGGUUGAAGCUUUAGACAACACACCUGUUAAGAGGGAUGUGCCUACACCCUCGGCUAGCGAGGCCUACGUGGAGAGCCUUGCCAAAGCAAAGCGGUCUCACUCUUCCCUGCGGCACAGCAUCGCGGCCAUGGAAUCGACCAUGCGGAGCGAUACAACUCCCGCACAUGAUACCGUGACCCGGGAUCACUCAAUGGUGCCCGAUACCCCGGUUUCGAAGUCAUCACAAGAGCUGCAGUCUGAAGAUAUGAAUACCUCGCUCCAGCAGCGGACAUUGCGAAAGCGAGUGGAAAAGACAUUGACCGAAGACGAAGGGGCAGACAAGGUGAAGGCGACGCCUAAGAGCGGUCCCGGCAUCUCUACACGACGCUCAACUCGCCUGAGUCUAUUGGAUAGGGCCUCGGAUUUGGUUGAUCGAGCCGGCAGCGUUCUUGGGAAACGUUCUCGCGAUUUGGGAGAGAAGGACGUUGGUCGACGGGCCAGUCUUCGACCUCGCAAUGUCGCCCCACCGAAUGAGGACGCGCUAGCCUCAGCACCGAAGGAGCUGGCCUCGAAGAAACGCCGGGUUUCGGAAAGUGAUUUGUCAAAGUUGCGAUCUCAGGAUGCGUCGCCCUUUGAGGAGCCUGCCGCGCCAUCCACGCCGCGGUAUAAGCCCAAACGCUGGUUGACUCAUGGGUUGUAUACCGGCCAGGAACCCUCCGAAUCACCACCCAAGCAGCGUCGGAGUAAGAACUCUAGGAAAACUGGCGGUGGGCCCAUGCAGCGCAAGAUCCUCCCUUUGCCCAUGUUCGCGGGCUCGCGGCUGGUGAGAAAUGGCAGAAAUUUCGAGCUACCAUUUGAUGUUUUCUCGCCGCUCCCUCCUGGUCAGCCCAAACCAGACGAAUGGCGCAAAACCAACAAGAAUGUUUUUGUUGGCGACGCUGGGAGUAUUUGGAAGGCGAACAAGAAGCUGGAGCUGUCGACUUGCAUGUGCACCGAGGAAGAUGGUUGCGACGAAAACUGUCAGAACCGCUACAUGUUCUACGAGUGUGACAACGGCAACUGUAGACUGGGUUCAGAGUGCGGCAACCGAAGCUUCGAGGAGCUCAAGCACAGGACCAAGGCUGGCGGAAAGUACAAUAUCGGAGUGGAGGUCAUCAAGACGGUGGACCGCGGAUAUGGUGUCCGCAGCAACCGCUCUUUUGAGCCGAACCAGAUCAUUGUGGAAUACACGGGAGAGAUCGUGACCCAAAUUGAGUGUGAGAGGAGGAUGAGGUCGGUGUACAAGAACAAUGACUGCUAUUAUCUCAUGUAUUUUGAUCAAAACAUGAUCAUCGAUGCCACUCGAGGCUCGAUUGCGCGCUUUGUCAACCACUCGUGCGAGCCAAACUGUCGAAUGGAGAAGUGGACUGUUGCUGGAAAGCCGCGCAUGGCACUCUUUGCCGGUGACCAUGGGGUUAUGACUGGAGAGGAAUUGAGCUACGACUACAACUUCGACCCGUACUCCAACAAAAACGUUCAGGAAUGCCGCUGUGGAUCACCGAACUGUCGGGGCAUCUUGGGCCCUCGACUCAAGGACAAGGAGCAGCGCGCCAAGGAACUCGAGGAGAAGCGGAAGGCCACGGGAAGCCCACGCAAGACCAAUGCGAAGAAAGUUACCGGCACCAAACGGAAGAUUACAGAAGCAAUUGAGAACUCGACAGCACGCCAAGGCAAGAAGCAGAAGCUGCUGGCGCCGAAAUCCAUCAAAGCCGGCGUCAAGAGGGCCGUGGCCAAGGCGAGCACUGUGCGAGGCAAGGCGAUUGCAAAGAAAGGAGCCGCCGUGUCUAAAACCCGUGGCCGUGGCAAAACCCCAGCAAAGAACGUCAAACUGCCGACAGUCAAGACCGCUUCCAGGGUGAAGGCCGCUGUCCAGACUCCACGACAGAGGGCCAGCACUGCCAAGGCAAGCCCAGCUUCACCGGCCAAGGAGAAGACAUCUCAACUCAAGCGUCCGUCUGCCGAGACCAAGAAAAAAAUCCUUGCCGCUGCGGCCCAGGGCUCCAGUGGCCGGGGUCGGAAAUCGCCAGCCAAGCUCCAAAAGACUGAAACGAAGUCUCCCCGCAAGCCUGCUGCGAGAAAAGCCCCCAUUAAGAGCCCAGUCAAGGUCAAAAUGCCUGCGUCUACUGCUAAGAGUACUGCGAAGGGUGCUAGCAAGGCGAGGGGCUUGGGCAAGGGCGUGCGCAAAGCAGCUCAGAGUGUCGUCCGAUCUGUCAGGGGCGCACGGAAGUGA